AUGGGUGUCUCGUCUUCCUUCUCCCCCCCCUCGCAUCCCCCCCCUGCUGGCCUCUUUGUGCCCGGCCUGCCCCACUGGACCAAGCGGUCGCUCCCUCGCUCGCUGCGCAUCUCCCGCUCGCUGCUCUCCUUUCAAGAGCGCACCCUGCUGGAGCACCGCCAGGAGUCCGCCCUCCUGCAGGGGAGGGCUGGACAAAAGGACGGGGGAAAGGAUGGGGAAAAGAAUGGGGAAAGCGAGCUUUGGAGUGAGAGGAAUGGGGAGAGCAGCAAGGGCAUUGGUGAGGGAAGCAAGGGGGAGAGAAGCAAGAGGCCAGCAAGGAGGUGUGAGAGGGCAAAUAGUGACGGAGGCGUGGGCUCCCUCCUGUCAGCAGCAGCGGCAGCAGUGGCAGCACCAGUGUCCCCCGGAGAGUCGAUCCGAGCGGCCGUGGCCGUCUAUUCUGCCUCAAGGGAAUUCUGGCGCCCCCCCUCCACCCCCAAGCCUGUCAUGGAGUCUCAACUGAAGCAGGCCAAGAAGUGCCUGCCGAUGUACUCCCCCCCUGUGCCGCCCAUCGGCCUGGAGAAGCUCAUGGAAGGCGGGACUGGGGCAGGUGGGACUGGUGGGUUUGCUGGGUUUGGUUCGGGAGGUGGGUGGGGGUUGGGUGCAGGCUGGUGGGGUGCGGUGGAGAGAGCUGGGGGGGAGAGGAAGGAGGGGACGGGAGAGGCGGGGUGGCUGGGGUUUGAAGGGUUGGUGGAUGUGGCACGGGGGAUGAUGUGGAGGGGAGGAGGGGAUGGAGCAAUGGAACUUCGCCGCCUCUUCCCCGUCUUGGUCCUGCUCCUUCUCUCCGCCUCGCUUCUUCCGCUCGCUUCCUCCCGAGAAUUUCCGUCGCAGGCAAUCGGCCGCUUGCGCUCCCCACGGGAACUUGACUGCAGCAAGACGUCUUGGCCUGAGGUGCUGGGCAUGACAGGCGAGGCGGCUAAGGCUUACAUCCAGUCGUCUGUGCCGCAGUGCAAUUGGGAUAUCGUAAUUAUCCCGUUUGGGGCUAUGGUUACCGCGGAUUAUCGCACCGACCGCAUUCGCAUCUUCGUGGAUCCAGAAGGGAUUGUUCGCUCAAUUCCUGUGGUUGGGUAA